AAAUUUAGAAACAAAACAAGGUGUGCGAGGGGCACACCGCUCACAAAACAUUCCCCAUUUACAUCAACGGCAGAAGCACCACCACUUACAAGUCAAAACCCCCAACCUAUACAUACACCUAUACAUACACACAGACACACCAUCAACAAGCUAGAGAGUCCACUACAAUGUCUCGUUUUCUAAUUACAGCAGUUUUAGGGUUUAUCCUGAUCGGAAUUUGUGUAAACAGAGCUGAGAGCGGCGUGAACAAUGAAUCAGGACGAGCUAGUAUCUGGUCCAGCGUGAAAGAGAGCUCAGAUCGGUCGCGGAAGGAGAGCGUGGAUGAUUCGCUCUCCGUGUUCAACAACAAUCAGGAGGAUUUGGACGGCGGAUUCUCGUCUCUCGACGGCAUGUUGCAGUGGGCGAUUGGCCAUUCUGACCCCACAAAGCUGCAGGAGACAGCAAAAGACGUCCAAAGUCUAUCUUCCAGUGAACUAAACAAGCGUCAGAUGGAAAUAAAGGAUUUGGUGGAGGAAUUGAAAAUGCCAUCAGACGCACAGUUGAUGCAAACUGCAAUCAGGGAUUUGAAUAAUUCAUCACUAUCUUUGGAAGAUCAUCAUCGUGCAUUGCAAGAACUUUUAAUUCUUGUUGAGCCUAUAGAUAAUGCAAAUGAUUUACAUAAACUUGGCGGUCUUGCUGUAAUCAUAGGGGAACUUGGGCAUGCUGAUCCUGAGAGCAGGAAAAUUUCUGCAUGGAUACUGGGUACAGCUAGUCAAAAUAAUCCUGUUGUUCAGAAGCAGGUUCUGGAACUUGGGGGACUACCAAAGUUGAUGAUGAUGGUUAAAUCUAGUUCUAGAGAAGAAGCUAUCAAAGCAUUAUUUGCUGUUUCAGCCUUGAUCAGAAACAAUCUAGCUGGCCAAGAAUUGUUCUUUAAGGGAGCUGGAGAAUUAGUACUUCAGGAGAUUCUGAGUAAUUCAAGUGCUGAUAUCAGACUACGCAUAAAGGCUAUGGUUCUUGUUGCUGAUAUUGCGGAAUUUCAGAUAGAGUCUGGAAAAGAAUCAGAGUUGCAUCCUUUCAACAAUCAUUUUCUCUUAAAAUCUGUCGUUGACCUAACAGCAACGCCCGACCUCAAUCUUCAUGAAAAGGUCCUACAAGCUAUUAAGAAUCUCUUACAACUUAGAUCAGUGGAUGUUUCAAUAUUCAAGGAGUUUUGCCGUUUGGAUAUGGCACUGGAAGGAUUGCGGCAGCAGUUACAGAAGAUGUUAGAACAGAAUGAUAGAGAUUUUGUAUUGGAAGUGGAAAAUCUGCGUAAAGAAGUAGAGCUUAUCUAUCUUUCAAGACUGGACAAUGUAAGGCAGCAGCAGGUAAUGCAAGUUCCAACAUGAUUCAUGGAUGCUUUCCAGCAAUCCAGCAGAUCACCCAACAGCGAAGACGUGUGGCUUGUUAUGUUGAAAUUUUAAGUCGACCUGACUUGGCUUGAGAGCCUUUUAAACCGUGUUCCUCAGCUUGGCCAAAUAUUACCGUGAAAUGUAAAACGUUUCGUUUUCAAGUUUUAUAGUUGUAUAAAUGGUUAGCUUUUAAAUC